AGUUCUUAUCUUGCUUAUCACAAUUUUUGACACUAUUAUAUGGAAGGAAAGGUACAGAAAGGACUGCUACAUCAUAAUUAAAUGUUGAAUUAGUUUAAUUGACGCAACAAGGCAUUGAGAGAGAAAAAGGGGUGGGCCGAUUAUCUCUCUGUUUUUCUUUCCACUGUGACUACUUACUUACAAAUUAGACUAGUUAGUUUUUAUCACUACCAUACUAUCAUUCGUGCACAUUCAAAUCAUAACUUCUAAACAUUUUCAUUCAUGUUGGUGCAACUUUAUAAAGUACAACUUCCAAAGUUUCAAUGAAGUUUUUUUAAGCGAAGUUGUGAGUCGUGUGUGUGAAGCUCUGUCAUUUUCUCAUCCAUCUCACGCAGAUUUUCCUUAUCAGCGGAAUUUCGUUUUUGCGUCUCUUCUCGACUAACUGCGUGCGAGUUUUUAAUGACUGACCUCUUCAUGUUUUGUAUUUGAAUGCCGAAGAAACCUCCAUCGAUUCUAAUAAGUCUACGAUUGUCACGAAAUAAUUCUUAGAAUGUUCUUCACCAAUACACACUCUGGGAGUGUUUAUCAGAGGAUAAUUUGCAGAACUCAGCUAUUGAUUUAGAGAAGACAGAUAGACUGGCAAUGCAUUUUGUAACUUAUCUUGUUUUGAAGGUAUUAUAAACAUUCUUUUAGGACAUGAAAGCACAAUUCCCAAUCACUUCAUUUUCCUAGUCUGAGGAGGCAUGCAAGUUGCGUAAAUUUAACCUUUCAUCAGUUUCAUUCAUGUAAGUAGUUUAAAUGAACGAAACAUGGGUGGGGCGCUGAGCCAUUUUUUCCAGUCUGGAAGCGCACUUCUUUCAGCCAAUCAUCGAGGUUGUUCUGACCAGACAAGAUCUAAAAUUCGAGUGGUUUUUGAUGCACUGAGAGCUAAUCCUAGAGUUACUUGUCAAAGACUUCAAGGUCUUCUCUCGCAGAUACCCAAGAAUGAAAAUAUACUGCUGGUUCAUGAUGAAGAGGGUUAUAACUUAUUGCAAAAAUGUGUAGGUCUGAACAAUGUUGACAUGGUGAGAUGGAUCCUGUCAAGAAAUGUCGAUCUAAACCGCGGUGCUUGUUCAUUCCCCCUUCACAUUGCAUGUUUGAAAGGAUACUUAGAGUGUGUAGAACUUCUUCUAAAGCAUGGUUCUAGGGUGGACGUUGAAGCACGAAUGUGUUGGCCACAUUCUCACAGCCCUAACUGUGAAGAACGAGGGAAACAGUGUGAAGAUGUUUAUGUGAAUGACCGAUUAAAUGCUGAGAGAGGAAAAGAUAAAGUACAAAAUGCUAUCUGUUAUGCAGUUGAUGGUGACCAGGCCAAUGUCUUGGAAUGCUUGAUGCAACAAAAUGAAGGUGAACAUUGGUUACCAUGGCAACAAAAGAGGCCUCUUCUGCAUUUAGCAGUUGCGGGAGGAGCAUGGGAAUGUGUCAAACUUCUGGUCACUGUUCGAUCAGAUGAGAUAGGAAAAUGUGUUGAUGAAUACUACCCUCUGCAUCAUGCAGUUUUAAAACCAUUAAAAUUUUUAGCUUUAUUAUCAAGUAAUGGGGCUGACCUGACGGUAGUCACGCCAACGCAACAAAUGAACGCUUUACACUUAGUCUUUCUUCUUGGUCGUAAGAGUGCAGAAGAUACCCUUGCCACUUGUAAACUGCUCCUAGAGUCCGGACUACAGAAACAGAUCAACGAACCUGAUUCAUUGGGCAACACACCUUUGCAUGGCUUGAUUGUGAGGUAUGCUAUUGAGGAAGCCAGGAUUGCAUAUGACACAGAGAUUCCAUGGAACAAGUGGGAUGUUCUGCAUUUGAUGCGGUUUCUGUUAUCAAAAGGUGCUCAACCAUCAAUAAACCAGCCUGGAAACAGUGCUUUGGCAUGCGUUCUGAGGCACGUAAAGGAUUGGGAGUUCCGUUAUGAACUUCUCAACAUGCUUUUACAAGAAGGAGGGAAUCCAAACAAUGUGGGCAGGGACGGAAGUGUCCCACUGAUGGUCUGUCUAGUACCUCUAAUAAACAAAGAUCCUCUUCAUCACCUAACCCAUACAAUGAAGGUCUGCUACCAAAAUUGUGUACGUAUUCUAUGCAAGCACGGAGCAAAUCCCAACUGCACAACGCGGUCAAACCUGACACCUUUGCAUGUCCUAGUGUUUUCAGCAAAUGAAAAUAUGGAAAACGGAAGGGGGUCUGAUGAGAAUGAGUCAAAAACUGUACAGAACAUGGAGUUUAUACGAAGCCUGCUUGCAAUUUUACUUCAGCAUGGAUUAGACCCUAAUAUUCGGUUUUCACCACGUACUCAGCACAUUCUCCAGUCCAUUCUGGAUAUGAUCCAAGCGUCACGUCAGCCUUCUGAGCUACAGCUUCAAGAGGUUUAUAGGCUCACUCUUAUAUUUUUGCAGUAUGGUGCAAAUCCUGACUUACGAAUUCCGCUACUCGACCCGGGAUGCCACAAUUCUGCAACAGCCAAUGUCCUGUUACGGACCCUCAGGGGAAAUCACUAUGUCCUCUUCUACUAUGUUACUCUAAUUUUGCGGAAAGAAGAAUUGCUUCACAAGUCCUCCGCAACAUUUGCGUCCAUCAUCUGGCUGUACUACUUCUCAAUGAGUCACCGUGAGCUUUAUGAUUGUUUGGGUGGUCUGCUCAAAGCCUUUGAAGCUGGUGUCCUUCCAAUGCGUGCAACAGCAUUGGUUAAUUUGUUAAAGGAACUGUACACAAGACCGCGAUCUCUAAAACAGAUUGCACGACAUCAUGUUUACAAGAGCUUGGGUCGCAAGCCCGCCAUGCAUGUUAACAAACUGCCACUUCCCAAUGCACUCAAGGAGUAUAUUUUAAACUUUGAAUUUUAAUUCAUCAUUGUGUCUUUUUUUAAUGAGAACCUACAACUUUGUUCUUCCUCUUUCCUCGCAAAAAGCUGGUUUUCAUCAGAUAAAGCUGCUGUAUUGUUUUACAACAGUCAUUUCACUAUUCCACAAUAAACAUCACUAUUCCACAAUAAACAUCACUAUUAACGAAGCCAAUUUUUCUGCCCUACAUAAUUUGUUGUUAUAGCAAAUUAAUUUACGCUUUCAAGUUUACCUAAAUAAUUUUAGGAAACUAAAAAGUUAAUCAUAAAAAGUGUGUAAAUAUCCAAAAGGCAAAAUUUUAAACAUUAUAAGAUAAAUUCUCAGUCAUCCCUUCUUGUUCAUGUACAAUAUGUGAAAAGCACCAAUAAUUUGUCUCAAAACGCAUUUUAAUAGAAAUGCAGGCAGCCCAAACUUAUGAUUGACUAUGCUGAUUCAUUCAAUUCAUUUGUAGUCUGGACCAGAGCAAUUUUAAAGAGAUAUUUUGGUAGCUUUUUGAAUCAUAAUUUUCUUAUCAAGAAAUAGUUUUUAAAUGAAAUUUCAUGAAGUCUUUCAAACAAAAAAGUAAGGAGAUGUAAUCUCAUGGAGAAAGUAUUUUUUGUGAGUUUAUUUAAGACCAAUUUAUACAGAUAUGUCAUUCCUGUGGCCAAACUUUGGUGUGAAUUGACACCAGGAAGUCCAAAUGCAAUACAUUUCUUACCGGAUCAUUUUGCAAUGAGCUUUGCAAAAAAAUGUACAGUGACUGAUCAGUGUGAACCAGUGGCGUGCGCUGAAAUUUUGUUUCUCUUUCGCAAAUUACCUUGCUAUCCUUUGAAUUCACAGGUGCCAUGGAAACAGAUAAGGCAAGCUGCAGCUCGCCUCUUAUUUUUUUUUUCUUACGUAUGGGCUCAAAGAGCAUACAGGUAAUGUGCAAGUGAGAAACAAGAUUUCAGCGCACGCUACUGGUGUGAACUGGUCUUGGUUUCAGAGACCCUCUUCCAGACUUUUCCCAUUGUAUAAUAAAAGAAUUGGACAGACUUUACUGCAUUUUUCUAAAAUACUCAUCCACAAUUAGGAAAAUGUCUUUACUAGUCCUCAAAUAAUUUCUUAUGCAAUCAAAUGAAGAAUGCGAGGGACUAGAGCUCUCUCAGUGAUGAAAACUGUUGGUGAAGUUGAUUUUGGGAAUUUUCUGAGUUUGCAAAUCAGAUUUUAGACCAAGCCUAGCGUACAAAAACAGGUUCCUUUUCUUGUAUUCUCACCUUCAUUGAAAUUGUAAAUGAGUCUGACUACGUUCAUUGAAUCAAAAUGUUUGCCAAGUCCACAAUACUAAGUUGAGUAUGGAGAAAUCAAGAAAAGUCCUCAACAAAAACUACUAAACAAAGAAUAGAUUCCUAAGCUACUUUUUUCUUUUCUUUUUUCUGACUCUUCUCUGUGUCUCUAAAGUGUCAAUGUUUUACACUCUGCUCGAAAUGUUCUCAAUUGAGGCUGAUUUUGUUUUUGCCAUUAUUACGUGUAAUUACUUUCAGAAAAUGAACAAAUCAAAAUUUUGUUCAAAACCUUACUUAUUCAAGUUUUAUCGUUGUCUCUGUUAUGUUUCUGUUUUGAACUUUUGUUUUUAUUAUUGUUAAUUUAAUUUAUUGACCCAGUCCAAGUUUUUAAUUAUCCUCUAGUAUAUUCGAAAACUAUGGCUGUUUUUUCAGUUCUAAAAUUACCUGUAAAAACUAGAAAGUAAGAAUGAACCACAAUACAUUGUACCUAAAUUUUUUACGUUAGAUUUUUUAAAUUGGUGUGAAAAGUUGUUUUCAAUUUUAUUCCAUCGACAAACUUGUCUCUUGUAAUUUUUGUACAUAAAUUUAUUAUUUACGUCAAUUUUA